UCUUUAACCGGAUCAUCAGAUCAUCACAGUCCUUUCCUAAGCAAUGCGGAUUUCAAUGGGGGUUCGUCCCCUCGUAGUCUUAGCUUUUGCAUUUGUUUUAACUACGAUUGCAUCUGGGGAUUCUACACAGAAUUCUGCAUUGGUGUCAGGAGUUGUGAAGUGCGAUGAGUGCAUUCAAAAGCAUCUCACAUACCAAGGUGCACUAGUUGGGAUUGAGUGCAGAAACAGCAAGGGAGAAAUACACAAGCGUGGCGUAGUAGGCAUUGAUGAAAAUGGAGCAUUCAAAGCCAGCAUUCCCCUUGUGGAAUCCUCAGAGGAGUGUCAUGCUAGGCUCUUGAGCAAAUACUCCAAAUCCCCCUGCUCCUCCCCAUCUACACUUGGAAAUGGAGAUGCAUCCAGCAAGCUGGUAUUGAAGAACAAUGUAGGAGAUAAAGAAGAAACAACUACAUUUGUCAUCUCUACCGAUUUGAAGUUGUCACCAUUAUCUUGUCCUGCUGCGUUUUUGUUUCUUCCCCCUUUUCCAAAAUUUCCUCCCAAGCCUUUUAAGAAACCACUCCCACCUCUCCCAAAAUUCCAUCCCAAACCUAAGCUGACCCUCCCUCCUCUACCCCCAAAGAAACCACUUCCACCUCUCCCAAAGUUCCCUCCCAAACCUAAGCUGACCCUCCCUCCUCUACCCCCAAAGAAACCACUUCCACCUCUCCCAAAGUUCCCUCCCAAACCUAAGCUGACCUUCCCUCCUAAACCCGCUAAGAAACCACUUCCACCUCUCCCUCCUCUACCCCCAAAGAAACCACUUCCCCCUCUCCCUCCUAAACCCGCCAAGAAACCACUUCCCCCUCUCCCUCCUCUACCCCCAAAGAAACCACUUCCACCUCUCCCUCCCAAACCCGCAAAGAAACCACUUCCACCUCUCCCAACAUUCCCUCCCAAACCUAAGCUGACCUUCCCUCCUCUGCCCCCAAAGAAACCACUUCCACCUCUCCCAACAUUCCCUCCCAAACCUAAGCUGACCUUCCCUCCUCUGCCCCCAAAGAAACCACUUCCACCUCUACCUCCCAAACCCGCAAAGAAACCACUUCCACCUCUCCCAACAUUCCCUCCCAAACCUAAGCUGACCUUCCCUCCUCUGCCCCCAAAGAAACCACUUCCACCUCUCCCAACAUUCCCUCCCAAACCUAAGCUAACCUUCCCUCAUCUACCCCCGAAGAAACCACUUCCACCUCUCCCAACAUUCCCUCCCAAACCUAAGCUGACCUUCCCUCCUAAACCUUUAUUUAAACCGCAUCCACCUUUUCCAGAAUUCUUUAGUAAACCUAAGUUCAACUUUCCUCCCAAACCUUUAAUAAAACCACUUCCACCUCUCCCAAAAUUGCCUCCCAAACCUAAGCUGAACUUCCCUCCUAAACCUUCAUUUAAACCAUUUCCGCAUCCACCAAAACCAUUCUCCCCUCCAUUUUAAAGCUACCAUCCUCCUCAAGUUGCUGCCCCUCCUCGUGCCUCUCAUCUUCCAAGGUUUCCUCCCAACAUCAUUUCCUCCCAUCACAUUUCCUCCUCUAGAUAUUCCCCAGUCUAAGAUUGGAGUUUGAGAAACCACUAAAUAAGAUCAAAUAUGCAUAGCUAUUCCUUUGGGUAAGUUUCGGCUUGACAAAUAAAUAAUUAAACCAUAUAAAUGGUCAAUGUUCUUAAAAUGCUGAACCAUCUUAUUAUUGUAUCCAAAGUUAUUGUAUUUCCUAUUUCAAUAAUAAUAUGAUUGUUUUUAUAAUAAUAAGGAUCCAUACGAUCAGCCCCGACAAUGAUAGAUCAUUCUUUGUGAGAUUGACUAUUGUUUCUGAUUUGUUCCACAUUUGCACUAUUUAUGGAGGAUGGAGAAGCUUGUUACAAACUUAUCAAAUAAAUGAAUUUUCAUCUUA